UGCCCCCCUUCCGGCCCCGGGCGCAGGCCGCGCGGCUCCGGCAUGGGGGAGCCGGGGGAGCCCCGGGACCGGGCGCUGGACUGGCACUUCCUGCGCUGCACCAAGGGGGCGCUGCUGGGCACCGAGCUGGCCCUGUGUUUUCUGAUCUUCCUGCUGCUGACGGUCUCGGCCUCGGCCUACAUGGCGCCCGCCCUGCUGGAGGCGCUGCUGGCAGCCGGCGCCCUGGGCCUGCGUCUCACCCGCUGCCAGGAGAGGGCGCCCCGGAUCCACUGGCCCUGCCUGACCUUCGGCCUCAUCCUCAUCGCCAUAUUUGCCUACGACGCCUUCAGCACCUACUGGGCUGAGAUCAGGCCAGAGCCAGCCCAGGAUGGCAACGGGAACCUGGCGUAAGAGGAAAAUCACCCCCCGCUGGGGACAGAAAUAAUCCCCCUGAUCUCCCCCCUCAACAAUGUUGGUGCCCCUCACUCCUAACCCGCAGCCCCUGCCCCCCCCAGCUCUGCCGGUGCCCCUCACUCCCGACCCGCAGCCCCUGCCAGCCCAGCCCUGGCCCUGGACCCCCUGCAACACCCCCAGUCCUUGGGGCCAGGGGUGGCUCCAGGCACCAGCACGCCAAGCACGCAGCCUGCGGAGGGUCCGCUGGUCCCGCGGCUUCGACAGGCCUCCCGCAGGCGCCGCCGAACCCGCCGGAUCGGGGCCUCCCGCAGGCGCCGCCGAACCCGCCGGAUCGGGGCCUCCCGCAGGCACCGCCGAACCCGCCGGAUCGGGGCCUCCCGCAGGCGCCGCCGAACCCGCCGGAUCGGGGCCUCCCGCAGGCGCCGCUGAACCCGCCGGAUCGGGGCCUCCCGCAGGCACCGCCGAACCCGCCGGAUCGGGGCCUCCCGCAGGCGCCGCCGAACCCGCCGGAUCGGGGCCUCCCGCACCGCCCGCCUCCCUGCCGUGCCUGGGCAAAGGGGCGCAGGGUGUUGUGCUCAAAGUGCCAGACAGGAUCUUUUCAGGGGGAUUGAGGCAAAACACCACAUUUAUUAGUAAUACAGGGAUCAAUGAAUCCUCUACGACAUGCAUAUGAGAAAUAUCACACACACACACACACACACACACACACACACACACACACACACACACACACACCCCGUCUUGCUGUUCUUACCAACGAGCUGCUCCCCUGAACUGCACCGGGCAGGUGCGUUCGCUGGGGGAGGGCUGGAGCCGAUCCGGAUCGAUGCUCCGCUGGUGACGAGAGACCCGGGGUCCUCCUGCCAGACCCCUCCCAUUUCUAGCAGCAAAUCUAGACCAGAGCCAAAAUCUAGGGCCGUGUCCGUGGGGCCGUGUCCGUGGGGUCGUGUCCGUGUCCGUAGGUCCGUGUCUGUGGGUCCGUGUCCGUGGGUCCGUGUCCGUGGGGCCGUGUCCGUGGGUCCGUGUCCGUGGGUCCGUGUCCGUGGGGCCGUGUGCUGCGUUUCUCGGGGGGUGUCCCGGUGCUGCUCCCAGAGGGUGGUUUCUAAAGCAGGUGCUGGCUUCUAACCCCUGAGGCCGUCACUGUGUCUGCGGGUCUUUGCUGGGCCCACGGGCCAAGUUGUGUUGUCCUUGGCUCCGGCUCCCAUUCCCGCGGCGCUGCUGUCGCUGUCUGGAGCUGGGGGUCUUCCACGCCUCCCUCAGUCACACCUCACU